AUGAUCCCGCCGCGUGACGCCGUUCUUCUCGAACAUCCUUGCAUCAACUCUAAACUUCAACUUCACUUUACACAUAUCGCCGCGACCAUGGGCCAACCCUCUCAGCCGGCAUCGAAUGCGUUGCUGUACUGCACUUAUGCUGCGUUCCUCGUCUUCGGCCUAGCGAUUGCGUACAGACUGCGCGGGCAGUCCAAGACAGAAUGGUUGUCUGCAAACAGGACUCAGAAGGCAAUCCCGCUUGCCUUGAACUUCAUCGCGUCUGGUGAGUGUCGCAUCAAGGCUCCCAAGCCGAUCUGA